UAUAACGACUCAAAUAUUCAUGUUCUCGUGUCUACUAGGUAGACUGGCGCGAAUGCCGUAUUUUAUUGGACAACGGCAGAAGCUGGAGUAGUUCGAAACAGUUCUCUUUCCGCCGGUCCGCCGCAUUGCAACCUUUACGACAUCAUCUCAUCCUUCGAUUAUGAGAGUACCCCAUGAGGAAGCCGUCUCUUUCACUGCGUAAACGAUGGAUAGAUGUUAGGGUGUCGAGUCUUUAUCAUGAGCGAACCUGGAUUGCGCUCGGACUGUUCACGAAUUCUUUGAUGUUGUUGUGGGCUCUUUGUGAUACAUAUGUUCGUGCGAGGAAUAUCUCCGACGCCAGCUGCGCCUAUGAACUCAAAAUAUGUCGCGACGCUUCCGAUCGCUGUUACCCAAGAGGAACUUGCCCUCAUUCCAACCGAUGUUCAAAUAUCGGCUUCAAUAUCACGGUCUAUAUCUUUCUUUACAGCUUUCACUGCAGGCUACGUCCUAUUGAUAUAAUGACUGACUAUCGUUCUAGGGUCUGUCAUGCAAUAAAAUUAUUUGGUGACGGUUUGGACUACCACAAUAGUCACACUCAUCAAUCCUCGCCUUGCAGAAAGCUGGAUGUAUCGCGCACAGCAGUUGGGAUACAGCUACGGAACAUUCUUAUCUUGGUAAGGCACCGACUUUGCUCACAAGACACCCCUCUAGGCCUUGAUUGGAGACUGCUUAUAUCCGACAUUCCUCAUACAAUUACUGGCAUAAAACUUGUGACAUGGCUUGUCCAAUAAUAUAACACUCCUGUGAGCGAGAAAAACCGAACACCUA